AUUGGUACGAUUAUUUUCAAAACACACGUGUUCCGUACAUCUCUUGACAUUUACAAACUUAACCUCUACUUGUAACAACUGCGAAAUGAAGGAACCCGCCAAACAUAAGUCUCUAGAUUUAAUUAAAACUAUUGAAGAUGACGAAGAAGUGGAAUGUUUUUCGGAGGAAUCCGACGAUGAAGUUAUGUUUCAACCUAGAAAGCAAAAGAAUAUAACGAAAAAGGAUUUUGAUACUGGAUUUCAAUUUGUUGCCAGCACAGAGGAGUACAAUGAAGAUACAUGGAAUGAUUUGAACAAGUACAUAAAGAGGAAAGCAAAAUCUAAAACUGAUGAUAAAAUUAAGAAGGCAAGAGAAAAGGUGAAAGAUGAAGAGGACGAUGUUGAUGAGAAUGUUGAUGGAAACCAAUCUGAUGUAAGUUUAUCUGAUGAUGAGUUGAAACAUGAUGACAUUAAGGUUAAAGAGAGUAGGCACAAGAAAAAGCAGAGCAGUGAGAUUGAGAAGGAUGCUUUCUUCGAAGAUAUCCCAGUGUGUAAUGAUGAUAGCGGUGCUGUUAAUUUUUACAAGAUGAAUUUAUCUAGACCCUUGAUGAAAGCUAUAGGUGAUAUGAAAUUUGUACAUCCAACACCUAUACAGGCUGCAGCUAUUCCAGUGGCUUUAUUGGGUAGGGAUAUUUGCGGGUGUGCGGCAACUGGAACUGGUAAAACUGCAGCAUAUAUGCUUCCCACACUGGAGAGAUUAUUGUACAGACCUGCAGAGACUGCUGUUUCUAGGGUAUUGGUUUUGGUACCCACUCGAGAGCUUGGCGUACAAGUGUAUCAAGUUACUAAACAAUUAACACAGUAUACUAAUAUAGAGGUAGCUCUAGCUGUAGGCGGUUUGGAUUUGAAGAUUCAGGAGAAUGUGCUUAGGCGAAAUCCAGAUGUAGUUAUUGCGACGCCGGGUCGUCUGAUCGAUCAUCUGAAAAGUACGCCGACGUUUGGACUCGAUUCAAUUGAAGUGUUAAUUCUGGACGAGGCCGACAGGAUGUUGGAUGAGUAUUUCGCCGAGCAGAUGAAUGAAAUCAUUAAGCAGUGCUCGAAAACUAGACAAACUAUGCUGUUCUCAGCGACGAUGACAGACGAAGUGAAGGAUUUGGCGACAGUAUCUUUGGAUAAACCCGUUCGGUUGUUCGUGGACAGCAAUCAAGGGGUGGCAUUUAACUUGAGGCAGGAAUUCGUGAGGAUUCGCAAAGAUAAGGAGGGCGAUAGGGAACCUAUUUUGGCCGCGCUCGUCUGCCGUACGUUCCGGAAUCAUUGCAUUAUCUUCGUGCAGACUAAGAAGCAAGCGCACAGGUUACACAUUCUGCUCGGGUUGCUCGGCGUCAAAGUGGUUGAACUGCACGGUAAUCUGUCGCAACCACAGAGAUUGGAAGCAUUGGCCAAGUUCAAGAAGGAAGAGGCUGAUAUAAUGAUUGCCACGGAUGUGGCGGCUCGUGGUUUGGAUAUCGUCGGAGUUCAAACGGUCAUCAACUUCACGAUGCCCGCGACCCUUGAGCAUUACAUUCACAGGGUGGGCAGAACGGCGAGAGCGGGAAGAGCUGGUGUGUCCGUUUCGUUGGCCGGCGAAUUGGAGAGGAAGAUGGUCAAGCAGAUCGUUAAGCAAGCCAAGAGUUCUGUAAAAAGUAGGCUCAUUCCUAACGAUAUUUUGGACAAGUACAAAAAGAAAUUGGUCGGCGUUGAGGAUCAACUUCAGGACAUUCUGAGGGAAGAGAUGGAAGAGCGGUUUAUGAGCAUGGCGGAAAAUAAGGCGAAUCGCGCGGACAACAUUUUGAAGGGUGUUCAGCAGGAUUCGAGACCUUGGUUCCAGUCGAAGGAUCAACGUCGCAAGGAGAAAGAACGUCUUUCGUUGACUGGAACAUCGUUAAAGGAUAAAAAAAUGAAAGGAAACAAGGAUAAGAAAGGUAAAGGUAAAAACGGAAAAGGCAAUGCACCGGACUCUGUUCGCAACGAAAUGGACAAAGUGGCAUUGCUGCAGGCGAGGGCGGCCAAACGUAAGUUAAAACCGAAGAAGAUGAACGCAAUCGUCGAGUCUCAGGCAAGAGGAAGCGGCGGCGUCAAACGCAAAUCCUCGAACUUCACGUCCGAGCUGACAGACACUUCAAAGAAGGGCGCGAAGAAGUUGAGGUACGACGCGAACGUGGCCAAAAAGAUGCAGACAAACAAUAAGAAAGGACAAACUGGUGGAAAGAAGGGCGGCGCCGGCGGUGGUAAAUCAGGAAAAAUGUUCGGAGGUGGACAAGGGAAAGCUUUCGGAAAACCGCAGCAGAAAAAGAAAAAAUAAUAAACUGAUUCGUUAACUUCUUUA